AUGCACUCGGUCAGUGACUUGACGACAUAUUCACGGAAAGCCCGUGGAGAUGUGCCUCCACCGCUCGUGGGGCAUCAAACUACGGUGAUUGGGAGCCAAAUGUAUCUAUUCGGAGGGCGCCUGGUUACACAACGUCGAAUGGUUGCUGACUUGUAUGCUUUCAUUGGAGGAAUAACAUGGGAACGUCUGGGCCUCCUGAUCUGGACCCGAAUGCUCCGCCUCCGCGCUACUUUCAUUCGGCUGACGUGUGGAAUGGUCAUCUGGUCAUAUUUGGGGGCAUGGGAUACGGAUCGUCUGCGCACACUCCCGACGACUUUUUCCGGCGAUCAACUAUACAUUAUUGGUGGGCAAGACAUGGCGAAUGCGUGGCUGGAUGACAUUCACGUAUUUGAUCUCCCUUCUCGCACAUGGGUUGCUCGGGUACCUUACCCUCGCCAUUGUGGUACAUAUCGCAGUGUCGCAGUUUGCGCCCCCGAACGCGUUGUCAACCCAGCACGCAUUUCUGCCAACAUUCACGACGAUACUCCUAGUAACCAAGACGAGCUUAUCGAGCUCCCGUUUACUUCAGAUACCAGUGCCCAAUCUCCAAAUAGCAUCUAUUUGUAUUCUAAUCAUAAUUUCACAGAUGUCAAACGUGAACUUCAAACAUUGCACCCCACCCCAUCUACUCCCGACUCUCCUUUCACCAUGACCGAUGCUUCUGCUCUCUUGACUGGCACAUCUCUACCCCCUGGUUUACGAUUCCCAACGGGCGCUCUGCUCGGUACACAUUUACUCAUUGCCGGAACAUACCUUGCACACACAUUUCAAUCUUACUCCUUGUGGGCCCUCGACUUGCGUACCUACAGUUGGUCCCGAAUCGAUCCGGGAGCGGCCCUCUCCCAUGGCUCAUGGGGGCGCGGUGUUGUGUGGGGUAACGGGGGCCGUUUUGUUGUAUUCGGGAAUCGUGAAGGAAACUUGGUUGAGGACUACAAUCGACGGUUGCUCGGCUGGGGCGAUGUCGCCUACGUGGAUCUCGAGGCGUUUGGUGUAUACAGUCCUCCACGAAGGAUGUUCUCUGCGCCUACGCCACCUAUUCUUGCUACCGAAGUAGCUGUGGACAUUUCCUGCCAGGACCCUGCACAAACCCAUGCCCUGCUGCCUGUGAUCGCUAAUCUUCGGAUGUUGCACCAGGAGCAGUUGACCGAUUUUGAGAUUGUGGCCGACGAUAACCGGCGAAUCAAAUGUUCGAGUGCUGUCUUGGAGGCGCGCUGGGGCUGGUUCCGUCGCCAACGACAACUUUUUCGCAAAAAAGCACAGAGAGUCGAGGCAGAAUUAUCGAGAGACCCAAUGAGGGCAAGGUCUAGUUCCAGGAGUGGGGUUAGUGAAAUUGGGGAAGAGCAUUCUUUUGCCAACAUGGAUGAUAGGGAGCUGGCCGAGCUUGACCCACGGUUAUCAUCAAGAGAGCUGAGGCUUUCUGAGCCUUAUGCAGUUACGCUUGCACUAUUGCAAUAUCUGUACGGGCUGACACUUGUCACAUCCCUCCAGCACGCCCCUCCAGUGCUCAGUGCAUUGCUUUUGAUUGCAUGCACCUAUACCGAAGAGGAUCAAUUCAAGGAAGAAUCCUCCUUUGGGGAAAUUCGGCUCAAUUACAACUCAAACGGCAAUGGCCAUACGCAUCCCAGAAGCCUAGGGUCGUCCCCUUCGUCGUCAUCCGGUCGUAUCCCGUUACCGCCUCGCCCCACCCUCCCUCAGUUCGACGCGAUGCCACAUUUAACGGGACUUGUUAAGCAUGCUAUGCACCGUGCAUUGAGUCCUACUAAUAGCUGGGAGCUUCAAGCAAAAAGCAAGCACACAAGCAACGUCAACAUGGGUCUGGAUCAGGACCCAGCGGGAGGCCCCGUGGUGUAUCCGAUACCAAUGGCCUCCCACUUCCUGGUAGACCUCGUACAGCGGAUGGGGCGGGUAAUACUGCUGUUGGGGGAAAUACCGAACACCUGGAACUCCCAAUUCACGACGAACGAAUGGGGCAGCCCGUUGUUUGGACCCGUGCCCAAGCACUCUCCGCCACCUGAGCCACUCACUGUCGAUCCGUUGGAACGGACUGGGCGACAAGGGUACCGAGGCUUGCUAGACGCAGUUGGAGACGGGUUAUAUUCGGAUGGCGGUGAUCAUUAUUCCGAAUCGCAACAUCUCCCGGUUGUGGCAGCGCCUCGGAGCGAUAUACCUUCGGAUCCCGCAACGGUGAAUUACGGUUGGAUUCACGAAGCAGUCACGCAGCACUACGAGAACUUUAUUCACGACACCGACCGGCUUUGGACGAACAUGGAAAUCCUGUAG